AUGGCUUUCACUAUCAGCCUUGUCAUUUUGUCUAGUUGGACAGCUGUAGCUUUUACAUUUCCUCACAAUACUUUUGACAACAUUAUCAAAGGCUCAAGAGUCGAAAUUGAAUCAUCUGGCAGCGGACCGGAUGAACCUGUCCGGGGAAUAGUGAAGGUUGUGCAGCUGGACCCUCGUGCCCUGGCCCACUCAGGGUUCUUCAGAGGGGGGCUGACCCCCAGAAGAGUCCCCUCCCUCAGCUCCAGAUUGUCCUUCCCUGCUUUCUUGUCUCACGGGCGUCCAGGUCUGGCCCCGGCCCCCAGGACCCCAGUGAGUCCACUACACCACCUGCACCCUAAAAGCCCCACUGUGAUGGAACUAAAGAAGAGGCAAGGCCUGCAGAUGUGGCAGAGAGCCAUAAAUAAAGGAGAGAAAAUGAGCACGUCCCUGCCAGUAAACCUGAAGGACACUAAACAGACGUGCACUGCUGUACCUUUCACUCAGCGUGUGACAACAGACGGAUGCAGCACUGUAACAGUGCACAACAAGCUGUGUUUCGGCCAGUGCAGCUCCCUGUUUGUCCCAUCUGAAGGGGAGUUUGCCGGGCUGGGUGCUGGGACAGGGGCCCUCCACCACCGGACCCCCUGCUCCCGCUGCGCUCCAUCCAAAACUCACACUGUGGCUGUGCCCCUGCAGUGUGGAGCCAAGGUCCGGGAGAAGCGAGUGAUGGUGGUGGAGGAGUGCAAAUGUGAGACGGGCCGAGAGGAAAAGAGUGCUAUGGCCGAACACCCGUAACUGUUCCAACUUGUGUGAUAAUUAUUUAGACAUUUGUAAUGAAUAUUUACAUUACCUUUUCAUUUAUGAGUC